UAAAGAGUACCUCCAUUUACCCCUAUAUUUCAACAACUUUACAUACAUACCAGAAUAUCAAGUAUAGCUCGUAACAAUCUAGCCGUUGAACUUUUAAACCAACCAAAUCAAAUUAGGAAAGAAACCCUAAUUUUUGAAAACCUAACCCUACCACCUUUUUUACUCAUAUUUCAUCAUACUGCUAGUCGUUGUAAAUGGCUGACAAGGUACAACGAAUGUCAUCGGAGCACGGGGUGAUGAUUUUCAGCAAGAGUACGUGUUGUUUAUGCUACGCGGUCACUAUACUAUUUCGAGAUCUUGGUGUUGAUCCAUAUGUGCAUGAACUUGAUCAUGAUUCUGAUGGAAAAGAUAUGGAAAAAGCUCUUAUGAGGAUGGGUUGUAAUGCCUCAGUUCCAGCAGUUUUUAUAGGGGGGAAAUUAGUUGGAUCAACAAAUGAAGUUAUGUCACUUCAUCUCAAAGGAUCCCUAAUUCAACUCCUCAAGCCAUAUCUACCUGAUUAAAAUAAAAUAAAUUGAGAAUUGGAGAGUGAAAUUAUUCGCCUUUAAAGGGAAAUAAGAAAAAGGAAGUACUUUAUGAAUUAGGAGGAUAUAUAAUAUUAAAAAGAAAUUUAAAGGUUAAAAU